CUCUCAGGUAACCUAAUGUUAGGCUAAGUGACACUUUAGCAUUAAACCAAAUGCAAUGCAAGACUCGACGGAGAACGUAUCGGGUUUUAACUGCGCGGUAACAGACGUAACUAAAAAGCGAAUGCUCUUUAAAUGAGCUGAAAAUAACACAAAUAUCCGGGAUUUCCGGUGGGAAUAUACGGAAGAGAGGUGUUCUGUGCGCUACGUGGCCACCUGUGACAGCAGCAGCUCGCAUUGACAGUUUGACGUGAUGGAGUUUGACAGAGCAGAACAUGACAACGACAGGAUCGAGAAAACCGGCGAGAACGGCAUUAACACCGAGACUCCCGCUCCCGACAGCGAGGCACACCGGGAAUCAUGCGAGGCUCGUGAAGAGCCUCAGAAGUCCUGGAGUUUGGAGAGAAACUGGGGGUUUCCUUUAGAGGAGCUCUUCAAACUUGCGCUGAAAUUCUUUAAAGAGAUGAAUGGGAAGGCAUUCAACCCAACAUAUGAAGAAAAUCUCCGUUUGGUUGCACUACAUAAGCAGAUCACAAUUGGUCCCUAUGAUCCAAAAGCAUGUUCAGAAAUUGGCCUCUUUGACAUACUGGGAAGCGACAGAAGGAAAGAAUGGCUACGGCUGGGCAGCAUGGCUAAAGAAGAUGCCAUGGAGGACUUUGUGAAGCUCCUGAACUCCUGUUGUAGUCUGUUUGCACCAUAUGUAACAUCACAUAAGAUUGAGAAGGAGGAACAAGAGAUGAGACGAAGAGAAGAGGAAGAACGUCUCAGGCUGGAGAGAGAAGAGCAGGAGCGGCGACGGCUGGAAGAAGAAGCACGACACAGAGAAGAAGAAGAGAGGAGAUUAAAAGAGGAUGAACAGAGAAGAAAAGAAGAGGCAGAGAGGUUACAGAUAGAGCGGCAAAAACAACAUAUCAUGGCUGUUCUGAAUGCACAAACAACUGUGCAGUUUCAGCAGUAUGCCAAUCAGCAGUAUCCAGACAGUCCAGACCAGCAGCAGUUACUCAUCAGACAGCUGCAGGAACAGCAUUACCAGCAGUACAUCCACCAGGCCCUCCGCCUACAGCAGAUGGCCUUGCAGAAGCAGCAAGACUCAAAUGUGACUCAAACGCCAGAAGCUCUUUCUGCUCCUGUGUCGGAUGAAGCUGCGCUCACAUGCAAUCCCAACAGCCAAUCAAAUUCAUUAGAAAAUCAGGAACAACAGACAGACUCAAAAGCCUUCCAUUUGUGUGUGGAAGGCAAAACAGGAGAAGUGCCCAUCAUUGCUCCUUCUAUGUGGACACGGCCUCAGAUUAAAGAGUUUAAGGAAAAGGUGGUGCACGAUCAGGACUCUGUGAUCACAGUAAACCAAGGGGAGGUGUUGACAGUACGGGUGCCCACUCAUCAGGAUGGCUCACACCUGUUUUGGGAAUUCGCCACCGAUCACUACGAUAUCGGUUUUGGGCUUUUCUUUGAGUGGAAGGACUUGACCAUGCCAGCAAGCACUGAGACUACUGAAACUAAAGAAGGCACAGAACAAGUUGAAGGAGAGGAGCAGGCAGAACAGGGCAGAUGUCCACUGGUACAUGAGGUUGUUCCUGUUUCCCGUCGUGACAGCCAUGAGGAGGUUUAUGCAGGCAGCCACCAAUAUCCUGGUCAAGGAGUUCAUCUUCUGAAAUUUGACAAUUCCUACUCCCUCUGGAGGCCAAAGGUUAUCUAUUACAGAGUUUAUUACACUAGAUAAACAUCAGCAGACCAGGUUCUGCACUCACAAUCCACCUGUGAGCAUCUUGAGAGUCUUUAACAGAGGCACACUACUCAAGCUGUUGAAAUAUGUUGUUUGUUUUGAAAGCAAAGGUAUUUGCAUUGUGUUCUCAAGAUACAUGAAUCCUACUUUGGAGUCAUGAUCUGAAGUCCUUGGAAGUCCUGUGCUUUUAGAAGAAAUUUUAAGAAAACAAAAUUUUCCAAUAUCUUGUAUGUUUAUGUUGAAUCAAUGAAGGAGUGGUGCAUAUUAAUUAUUUUUUAAUUGAUGCGAUUGAUUCAAGCACUUUAAAUUAAAAAAUAUAUAUA